GUCCGGUAGAUGAGGAACGCCGCGAGCACGGACGCCAUCGCUAUCACAGCCAGAGCCACGGCGGGGCCGUGCCGUCCUAUCAUGCAGAAGAGCGAGGCCAGGUCCAUGCGUCUCUCCAGGGCCACGGCGUUGCUGUUUUGAAGCGGCAUUGCAACCUGUGGUGUAAAUAACCACCCCCCUCCCUGGCGUCUGUAUUUAUGUGCGCAUGAGGGCCCGACUGGCCUGACUGCGGCUGCUGCAGGCUGCUGCCGGGGGGCUCCGCGCUCCGCGCCGCGUUUCGAGGCGCAGCGACCACUCGCUGUUGCCGCAGAGCUGCGAAGGGCAGCGAGUGCGAAGCUGUUCGGCGGCUGGACUGGGUCACGGGGACUCGGCAUCCAUUCAUAAAAAAAGGGGGGUGGGGGGUGUGCGUUUGCAGACGUUCACGGUGCAGCUCGCGGGAAUGAAUCAGGUAUCAGCGUAUUACAUGACACUGACGGGAUUUGGGCCCCACGUGAAACCAGUGAAUCCCGGUCUGAUAAGAAACCCCGGCUUGAGUGGCUUGGCUCCUUCAAAAGCAGGGCAAACGUUCACUAACCAGGAUGUUUGCGUCCCUGCAUGAGGACAAAGGGUUUAUUUAAGAAACAUUUGGUGAAAUAAUAGAACAAAUGUAGGGGGGAGCAGUGGCGGGUAGACUAAACCCGCUGUGGUCCUCUUGGACUGAACAAAACAUUACCUCCACUUACACAUUCAAAAACCGCACUCCCUUGUAGCUCCAGCCCCCAAUGUGAGAUCUGUCAAAGUGAACAUUUCCUGAACACACAGGAGUGAUCCAGCAACAUCAACAGUCCCGAGUAACAGCUCCACCCAGUGGAGGGCUGUGGUGACGACAGGAAAGUUCCCGAAGACUCUGGACCUCUUCCAGUUAGAAUAUAAGAGCUGGGACAGUCCCACUGCUGAGACAGAAAGCAACAGCAGCAACACAGAAGAGAGCUGACGCCUCAACAGCGUUUCAUCUCACAACCAGAGGACCCAACACUAAACACACACUGAAGAUGCUGUGCUCUCAUGGAUUCCAGUCCGGCCUCAGGCCAUUCACGGACUUCUACUGGCCCGUACGCAGUCUGUGGCCAGAGGUCAAACCUCUGCUCCACCGGCAGCAUCUACUGCAGAGGCACCUACAGGAGCUGCGCAGCGGUCUGGAGCUGAUGGACAAACUUCAACACGAGAUCCUGGAGGAGACGGAGCCUUUCCAAACCGGUGUGGCCGCGCAGCCAGUCUCCUGCCAGCUGGAGAAAGAGGGAGAGCACUUUGGACUGACCCUGGACGCUCAAGGAUUUUCCCCAGAGGAGCUGUCUGUCAGGCAGGUGGGCAGGAAGCUGAGAGUCAGCGGGAAGACAGAGAAGAAGCAGGAGGACGGGAAAGGCUCCUACUCUUACAGACUCCAGGAGUUCAGACGGGAGUUGGAUCUGCCCCAAGGGCUGAACCCUGAAGCCGUCACCUGCUGCCUGGCUCCGGACGGGAAGCUCCACAUCCAGGCAGCCAGAGCUCCGUGUGCGGAGGAGGCUGAGAGAGAGCUGACUAUCAAGAGGAGCUUGGAGGAGAAAACACAGCAGAGUGUGUGUUCACACACAGAGACAGACAACAACACACAGGACAAACCUGGACACAUGGACUGAUCACAGUGUUGUUGUGGAAAUCUAUAAUAAAUAUGUUUUCUACAAGUGUUAGAUAUUUAAAUAUGGUUUCUGUAUUUUACAAGUGGGUAUGAUAAAUACAUGUUU